UUCGAUCGCGAAAGCGGUGGAUGCGUUCAAGAUCCCGGACCAAGCAACGGCGAGAUUUCCGACGAACUCCGCGGAUUCGGCGAGAUCUUACCGCCGGUGAGGCCGUUCUGCGGUGAUGAGAGGAAUGAGGCGGGGAGCGAAGGCGCUAAGGAUGAUGUGGUCGUGAUUGGGGCCGGAGGUGGGAUGCUGGACACUGAUAGGGUUUUGGUUGUGGGUGGAGAUGGAGAUGAGGGAGAAGGGAUCCAAUCGGGCUUUGGGGGUAAGAGAGGAUGCAUUAUUGAUGGAGAUUUGUUUCCUGGCGAGAAGGAUGGUUAUGACAGAGAAGGGGAUUUGGACGACGAUGAUGAAAAUAGGGACGGACCUAUACUUAUUGAAGUGCUAAUCUGAUUGUGAGCGAGUUCUCCGUAGGGUUCUCUACCCCUUUUAGGUUUUAUAUUAUCUUUGCUACAAUUUUCUAUCUUUUUUAAAUUACUGGAACAGAAUUAGAAUCUGAUUUUUUGUUUUUGUUUUUGUUUAUGUCCUGCAAAUUUCGUUCCAACUAAUUAUUUUAAA